CCCGGUUCACUGGGCCGUCAGUGCGCGCUGCCCUGAGGACGAUAUAAAACAGCUCAGAACCCUCUUGCCUGUCUGCUCAGUUCAUCCCCAGAAGCAGCUCCUCAGGAACAGAGGUGCCAUGCAGCCCCGGGUGCUCCUCGUUGCCACCCUCCUGGCGCUCCUGGCCUCUGCGCGAGCUGAGGAGGCCACGGAAGCCUCCCUGCUGGGCGUCAUGCAGGGCUACGUGUAUCGGGCCACCAAGACUGCCCAGGACGCACUGACCAGCAUGCAGGAGUCCCAAGUGGCCCAGCGGGCCAGGGGCUGGAUGUCUGAUGGCCUAAGCUCCCUGAAAGACUACUGGAGCACCAUGAAGGACAAGUUCUCAGGAUUCUGGGAUUCCGUCGCUGAGGAGGGACCGACUCUGGCCUCUUGAGACUUUCUGAGACCUCGACACCCCAAGCCUACCUGCCCGUCCAUCUUGCCAGCUCCAGGGCUGGCCUCGCAGGUUGCUUGAAAGGGACAGUAUUCUCAGUGCCCUCCCCUGCCCCUGCCCCAGGCCUGGCCACCUCCAGGCCUGCUGUCCUCCCAAUAAAGCUGGGCAAGAAGCUGCUGUGAGUGGGA